AUGGAAGUAGAAGGAUCUGUGAAUGGGGAUGGACGAGAUGAGACACCGAUCAGAUCACAUGGAGUCCCCACACUCAACAAUCUCCAUUCGGGGAUUGUGCAACUUGAGGUUGCAGCAGCAAACUUUAAGCUGAAACCCGUGAUGUUCAGCAUGCUGCAGACAAUUGGCCAGUACAAUGGAAUGCCAAGUGAAGAUCCACAUCUGCACUUGAAAAAUUUCAUGGACAUGGCAAAUAGCUUCAAAAUCCAAGGAGUCACAACUGAUGCAAUUAAGUUGAAGCUAUUUCCUUAUUCAUUAGCCAACAAGGCUAAGACUUGGUUGAGCACUCUAGCCCCUAAUUCAAUCAGAAGAUGGGAAGAUUUGGCUGAAAAGUUUUUAGUCAAAUUCUUCCCUCCAGUUAAGGCAGCUCAACUAAGGAGUGGGAUAACAUCAUUCCAGCAGAGAGAAGGAGAGUCAUUAUAUGAAAGCUGGGAUAGGUUCAAAGAAUUGCUACGGAAAUGUCCCAACCAUGGCAUACCCGAAUGGCUUCAAAUGGAAACCUUCUAUAAUGGGCUGAAUAAGAAAACCCGUGGCAUAGUGGAUGCAUCAUCUGGAGGAUCUCUCUUGGAUAAGACCUUUACAGAGGCCUAUGAAAUUCUGGAGAGGAUGGCAAAUAACAACUAUAAAUGGCCAUCUGAGAGGACAAUUGCACAGCAGAAGGCUUCAGGAGUGCUUAAGCUGGAUGCUAUAUCAUCACUAUUAGCACACAUUUCCUCUUUGACUAAUACCCUCAAAAAUUUGAAUCUGAGCACUGAUGCUAAAGCACAGCCACAACAAGCACAUGCUAUUUCUAAUACUUCUAAUGCUGUAACAUGUGUUUUCUGUACUGGUCCCCAUAUUUAUGAUGAUUGCCCUCAAAAUCCUCAAUCAGUGUCCUUUGUAGGAAAUUACAACAGGAACAAUCAAUAUUCAAAUUCCUAUAAUCAAGGAUGGAGGAACAACAACAACUUGCUUUACUCUCAAGGGAAACAACAAGGAUCAAACUAUGCUCCAGCACAGCAGAUGCCAAGGCCACCAUUUCAGCAGCAGCAACAACAACAACAAUACCAACAAACUAGACAACAAUUUGACAACUCUAGUUCGUUGGAAAAUAUGCUGAAAGACUUCAUGGCAAGGAAUGAUGCUACUAUUCAGAGUCAAUCAGCAUCAAUAAAGAACUUGGAGAAUCAAGUAGGGUAG